ACCCACCUGACCUCAAUCAAGAUGGGGUGUCGCAUCAAAAACCGUAUCAGCACAAGUCCAGAAGAGGCCGGCCUCGACCCAGCACCGACAGAAACCUGAGCAGUAACAGUUAUGAUCCUCCUCAACAACAUGGACACUUUCAUCAGGGCUUUAAACCGCCGUUCAGCCACGAUAGUUCAAAUUCUGCACCGCAUCAGCAUGCUCCCUACCAAGAAGAGGAAGGAGCCAGAAGGCGAGGCAGAGGUAGAGGGAGGAGAGAAGGGAAUAGAGGUGUAAAUGGGAAUUUUGGUGGCUCCAGCUCCCGGUGGCAAAGACCUGGCGGUGACUUCGGCCCGUACAGUGGUAACAAUCGAGGUCACUCAGGGCCGUAUCCCGCGGACGGACCCGACGGACACAACUGGAGAAGAGAAGAUGCGAGCAGGAACUAUGAACAAACCAAUGAAGACCAGGACGUCUGGGCUAAAAAACCCAGGAGGUUUAGCCAGGAGCAGAGGAGAGGACAAACAAAUGAAAAGGCGACUCGCUUGAAGGAGAACAACCCCACAGUCGGGGCUCAGAGGUCAAAUGACCCCAGAGGAGAAAACCCACCUUCAGACGGCAGGGAGAGAACUCAGAGGAGCCGGACAGGUCCAGACUUUCAAUACGACGAUUAUCAGAGGCAACACACUGAAGCAAAGCGACGGCACGGACCAAUCAAACCGCCUAAAACACCUUCUCAAGAGGAAAUGAGCUCGGAGAAGGGGUCCGGCGUCCGAGAUGACGCUGCCUGUAAAUCUGGACGAGGAGCGGGACGACACACACCCCUUCAGGCCAGAGGGGGCCGAAGAACCCAUCAUCAAAACCACAGGCCAGGCCAGAAGAACUGGGACAAGAUACCAGAGAGCAAAGAGACUCAGACAGGGUGUCUGAUUGAACAGCUGUCUGAGGAGAAAUACGAGUGCAUGGUUUGCUGCGACGUCAUCCGGGUCAUGGCCCCGGUGUGGAGCUGCCAGAGCUGCUUCCACGUCUUCCACCUGAACUGCAUCAAGAAAUGGGCUCGGUCUCCGGCCUCGCAGGCGGACGAUUCAACUGAAGGUUGGCGUUGUCCGGCCUGCCAGAAUGUUGCACUGAAACAGCCGACAUCCUACACCUGCUUCUGUGGUAAAGUGACAAACCCAGAGUGGCAGCGCAGUGAGAUUCCUCACAGCUGUGGCGACAUGUGUGGGAAGAAAAGGAGCGGCGUGGACUGCAACCACCCCUGUAACAUCUUGUGUCACCCUGGACCUUGUCCACAAUGUCCUGCCUUUGUAACAAAAUCCUGUAUCUGUGGGAAAACCAGCCAGCCAAUGCGCUGUGGCCAGGGUGCAGUGCUGCAGUGUGACAAGGUGUGUGGGGCUGUACUCAACUGUGCUGAACACACCUGCGCUCAGGUGUGCCACAGAGGGGCAUGUCAACCCUGCCAGCUGCAGGUUCAGCAGGUGUGCUACUGUGGUGUUACCAUUCGUGAAGUCCUGUGUGGCACAGAUAAAGACGGUUUUGAUGGUUCUGGGCAUUUCUCCUGUCAAAAAAUAUGUGGGAUGAUGUUAAACUGUGAAGCUCACCAGUGCCAGCAGGUGUGCCACCGCGGCCGGUGCCCGCUGUGCCCACGCUCCCCGAGCCUGGUGAAGUCGUGUCCCUGCGGUCAGACACCACUGGCCAAACUCCUGGAACUGGGCUACUCUGAACGACGGAGCUGCUCUGAUCCAAUCCCCUCCUGUGGAAAGACGUGCAACAAACCCCUGGCCUGUGGCUCCAGCGACACCAUCCAUCUGUGUAAGAAGUUGUGCCAUGAGGGCAGCUGCGGGCCCUGCUCCCUGACCUCUACUAUCAGAUGCAGAUGUGGCUCAAAGACCAAGGAGGUCCCAUGUGCAACAAUCCAAAAAGAGGAGGAGCUCGUCUUCACUUGCGAGAGGCGCUGCAAUAAGAAACGCUCCUGCGGCCGACACAAGUGCGGCGAGCUGUGUUGCGUGAACGUGGAGCACAAGUGCCUCCUAAUCUGCGGCUACAAGCUCAACUGUGGCCUCCACCGCUGCCAGGAGCCUUGUCACCGUGGAAACUGUGAGCCCUGCUGGCAGUCCAGUUUCGAUGAGCUGACGUGUCACUGUGGCCUCACUGUCUUGUACCCACCCAUCGCCUGUGGCACAAAGCCACCAGAGUGCAAAAACAUGUGUACAAGAAGACACGAGUGUGACCACCAAGUGUUUCACAACUGCCACAGUGAAGAGAAGUGUCCACCUUGCACCUACCUCACCCAGAAAUGGUGCAUGGGAAAACACGAGCAACGCAGCAACAUCCCAUGUCAUCUGCAAGACAUUUCUUGUGGCCUGACGUGUAAUAAAACGUUGCCAUGCGAGAUGCACCGCUGCAGACGGAUCUGCCACCGGGGCGAGUGUCUGGCAGAAGGCAGCUGCCAGCAGCCCUGCGCGCUGCCUCGUCCAGACUGUGGCCACCCGUGCUCCGCUCCCUGUCAUAAAGGCAGCAGCUGCCCACGCACCACCUGCACUGCCAAGGUAGCUGUGCAGUGUGAUUGUGGUCGAAGAAAGGAAACGGUGAACUGCACAGAGGCAGCCAGUUCAUAUCAGAGGUAUGCCGCCAUCGCCAUGGCCAGUAAACUGUCUGACAUGCAGCUCGGUGACUCCAUGGACAUCGGCCCGUUCCUCACGAAGAAGGAGAUGAAACAGAGCAGGCUUGAAUGUGACCAAGAGUGUGCUACUUUGGAGAGAAACAGGCGUCUGGCGGAGGCGUUGCAGAUCGACUCAUCUUCAGACCCCUUCAACGUCCGCUCUACCUCUGUAUACAGCGACAGCCUCAAAGACGAUGCAAGAAAAGACCUGAAAUUUGUCACAGAAGUAGAAGAAGAGAUCAAGAGUCUUGUUGAGCUUGCUAAUAAGGGAAAACAGCCAAAGAGGAGCCACUGUUUCCCGCCCAUGAACAGAGAACACCGAAAGAUCAUCCAUGACCUAGCCGAGGUGUACGGCGUGGAGAGCGUGAGCUACGACAGCGAGCCCAAACGCAACGUGGUCAUCACAGCCCAGAAGGGGAAGUCGGUCUGUCCAAACUCAAUGCUGACGUCACUGAUAGAGCGAGAGACGGCUGCGAGGGCCCCUCCUCCCAUCGCUCACAUCAAACAGCACAGCAGCAAAGCUGCCGUUGGAAGCACCUGGUCGAAGAUGGUUAAAGAAGAGCCUGUAAUAGAUUAUUUUGAUGUCCAGGACUAAAAUGAGGCCAAAAUAAAAAGAGGAAACCUCAGGAUCCACUCAUAAACAUCAGUCUACAUCUGCCAAAAAGCUUGAAUAACCUUAUUUUUUUAAAUUUGUGUUAAUCGAAAGAUCAAUAAGAAUUUCUCUGGCUACAUAAUGAAAUAAAAAUUAUCUUUGGAAAUAUGUUAUGUAAUCGCCCCCCCGGGGACAUCCCACACUCUGUGUAUCGAGGAGGAUGAAUUGAAGGAGUGCAGAGUCAAGUGUCCCCUCCUUGAAUUUAGAUAAUAAAGCCUCACACAGACUCUGAAGAUGGAUCAGUUUGAAAAAAAGCCUCCUGAUUGUUUUCUCUGCCUCCUUUUGUGUGCAACCAGUCCCUCACUGAACCCUUAAUAAUUAAUAAAAUAAAUAUUGGUGAAUUUUUCCUUAUUUGAAGGACACAAAUAGCUCAUAUCUCAACAGUAGAUGCUUCUUCAGAUUGAUCUCCCGAGUUUAAGAUUCUCAAACGCUGUGCCAGAAAGCAUUUUUUUUAGCCAUGGGAUAUCUUUUGUUCUUUUCUGCUGGUGUUGAGCCAAGGGUUCAGUAGUAAACCCUCUGCUGAUUGAGUUUGUGGGUGGGUAGGAGUGGGCUCUGCUGCGGUAGAGAAAGCUUUGUUUGAAACAAACAACCCAGAUGUGCUGAAAAACUCUUCCUCGGUGAGGCCUGAAGGACUUUUUUAAGGGUCAGUUUCAUAACUUAUGGACCUGAAAGUCACUUAAAACAGGGAGGAUAUUGUUUAACUUGACAGUUUGUGAAUCUGUUGUCGAGCUGAUGGACAGAUGUUCAGUUUGUAUUCACGUACAUUGUGAUCGCUCCUGACAUUAACUCAUGUAUUAAAACCAUAAACAAUCCACAAACA